AUGGCAAAGCGGGGUAAAGGCAAGUUGCGCACCGCGCUUGCCAACCAUACAGCUCGAAGUCAGCAGCGUGCGUACGAAAAUAAGAAAGAAGCGGAAAGAGAGCACAAAUCCAAAAAGUCUCCUACAAAUCUGCCUGCUCCUAGACGAGCCAUUUACCCGUUUUUACGCGACGAUACAAUCCUUUUGGUUGGUGAAGGUAACUUUUCGUUUACGCUUGCUCUACUCUCAGCGCCUCAUCACCACCCACCGCAUCUCAUCCUUGCUACAAGUUACGAUACAGAAGAUGAAGUGUACCAGAAAUACCCCGAUGCACGCGGCAUCGUUGAACGGAUCCGACAAAUUGCCGGUGAUCACGCACCUCGUAUUCUGGCGUUCGGUGUAGAUGCAGGAGCAUUAAAUAAGUGCGAUGCAGUGGUUGGACCAGACAAGAACCAUGCGCACAGAUGGAGUAAAGUAUGGUUUGGCUUCCCUCAUGUUGGUGCUGGUCACAAGGAUGAACUCCGAAAUGUGCUUGCAAACCAACUAUUGAUUUUGCGAUUUCUUAUCUCUGCUGCGCCAUUCUUAACGCAGGGUCGACCACCCAAAUAUGUGCAGGGAACUAAAACGCGUUCUGAAAAACGUCGUGAUGAUGACGACGAAGAUGAAGAAUCUGAUGAUGGUAGUUAUGAAAGUGGCCAUGAACCAAGCGAGAUGCCAGCGCAAGAUGUGUAUGCCAACAUCCCACAGAUAUUUUCACCGCCGGCUCGUCAGGGGUCCGUAUUGAUCACGAUUCGGAAUGCGUCUCCUUAUACACUCUGGAACAUUCCCAUGCUUGCGAAACAGAUCCGUUCCGUGGUGGACAGCAUCGCUGCCAGCGCUCCCACUCUUCCGAAGGGAGUUCGUCCGCCGUCGACGGCGGACGUUGACAAGUAUGGUGCUCACAUGGCAUGGAUACAGCCACCGCCGGACGAUUGGUUUCGUCGAUGGCCUUAG